AUGGAUCAUCAGGCUCCUCAGCUGCGUAUGUACUAUAGCGCAACCUCGAAGGAUAAUCGUGCUGAUGGAGCUCUAGUCACCACCGCACAAGUUGACUCUAACGUGAUCGAUCCAGCUCUGCUCAGUGUCGACCAUUCGAGCUCCGGAAUAUAUGACCGGAUUUCACCCCAACAGCAGGACGGGCUAAGCGCACGUCGAAGCCGCUACCUGACCCGGCAGUUAGAGGCACAAGCGGGCCCCAUUGUCAUCCCCAAUGCCAGCAGCGAUUUGAACCCGAUGGAAAGGUGGCGGAACUCGCCGCCGGAAGAGGAGCCAGCCCUGAUUCCAGAUAUUCUCGAUGCGCUGAAGACGGCCCCCAGUCAACCAGACAGCAUCAGCCCGAGUACAUCGGGAAGCAAUAGCCAUGCAUUCCGUCAGUAUAGACGAGCCGCAUCGACCACCAGCGGCGAAUCCAGCGCCUCGUCGCGAGACUCCCAGCAAUCCGGCCGCUCGACCUCAUCCGCACAAGAUCCGCUGGCAGUCCAAGGACAGGGCAGCCGGGUUCGCAAGGGCAAAGCCCCAUCUCGUAAGAGACAGACCACCAACCAAUCCACCAGCUCUACCCACGCGCUGCGCCGCUACUGCUGCACCUUCUGCUGCGACCGCUUCAAGAGCAAGUACGACUGGGCGCGUCACGAGAAAUCCUUGCAUGUGACCCUAGAAGCGUGGUACUGCGCCCCGUUCGGCACGACCCUCCUCUCCUCCACCGCCCCAGAAACCAUUCUGUGCGCCUUCUGCGGCGCUCCCGACCCGGACGCCGCUCAUCUAAACGACCACGAUGCCACCGCCUGUGAAACCGCACCCGGCACGCGCCGCUCCUUCCGCCGCAAGGACCACCUCAUGCAGCACUUGCGCCUCGUCCACAACAUCCUCCCCACCGAGGGGGGUUGGCCCCCGAACCUCGAGAGCUGGAAGAUUGGGCAGUCGGCCAUCACCUCGCGCUGCGGGUUCUGCGACACCCGGCUACGCAGCUGGGAGGAGCGCGUCGAGCACCUGGCGGAGCAUUUCCGGCGCGGCCAAACCAUGGCAGCCUGGCGCGGCGAGCACGAGUUUCCCGCGGACUUCGCGGCGCUGGUCGCCAACGCCCUGCCGCCGUACCUGCUGGGGUCCGAGUCGCGCAGCGUCAUCCCGUUCUCAGCGACCAACUGCGACGUCCAGGACCACUUCGCGCAGAUCUCGUCCCGGGCGCAGUGGGGCGAGGCCGACCAGCAGGUGGCGCGUGAGAUCGUCGCCCCUGCCGUGCCGAGCGUGGCUCCGCCGUUGCAGGCGAUGGCCCCCGGGGUCUCGCCGGAUCAGCUGAGCUCGUUCACCCAGGUGCUCACCCUGCAUCUGAGCCGGUUUGCCCGCGAGCAGAUACGGAAGGGGGUCGUGCCCACCGAUGAGAUGUUUCAGCAGGAGUCCCGGCGCGUGCUGUACGAUUCGGAGGAUGCGUGGAACCAGACGGUGGCGGAUAAUCCCGAGUGGUUGACGGCGUUUCGGGGAUUGCACUGUGAGAAGGAUGGGGAUGGGGAGGGGGAGGGAGGCAUUUGUGGGUAG